AUGCCAGUGGAAGACGUAAUGUCGGUCGAUUCAGACCCUGUUUUGAGGACCUUUUCAAAUGAGGAAGAGCCCGCUACAAAUGAAGUUGCAGAAGUUACACACAGUGGGUCCAAAAAACCAUCUUCAUCAGACAUGGCAUUUUACUACGAAAGAUUAUUACCCUUUAGAUAUGUCUUCCAAUGGUUAAAUCAUUCACCCAAACCAACUAAAGAUUUUACUAUGAGAGAAUUUGCAUAUGAAUUCAGAUCUGGAGCAUAUCAAAGGUACAAUUCUUACUUAACACUUGAUGAAUUUAAAAAAUCUGUUGUAAAGGCCAACCCAACUCGUUUCGAAGUUGGAGCGGUAUACUCCGUGAAUCCAAGAGAACGUAAGAACCUACCAAAGCUGGCGUUAAAGCCUUUAAGUAAAGAGUUGGUAUUUGAUAUCGAUUUAACGGAUUAUGAUGAUAUCAGAACGUGUUGUUCGGGGACUGAUAUUUGCAAGAAGUGUUGGAAAUUCAUACAAGUAGCAUCAAAAAUCAUUGACCAAGCAUUGAGGGAAGAUUUUGGCUUCACGCACCUAAUUUGGGUUUUCUCUGGUAGAAGGGGUGCCCAUUGUUGGGUCAGUGAUCCUAAGGCACGUACGUUGGAUGAAAUUACUCGUAAGUCAAUUGUUGAAUAUUUGGAUGUCUUAGGCAGUAAACAAUCUAAAUCCGGAAAGAAGCUGUUAAAUUUGAAGAGACCUUUCCAUCCUCACGUUGAGAGAUCAUUUAAUAUUUUAAAACAAGAGUUCGUUAAUAUAAUACUAGAAGAGCAGGAUCCAUGGUUCACGAAUGCGGACUCGCUGAAUGAUUCCAAAGCAUGGGAAAAAGUCGAAGAAUUACUAGCAUUUAUGCCUGAUAAUUCUUUACAAGAAGAAUUACGCCAAAAAUGGAAAGAACAACGAACUGUUUCUACUUCAAAGUCUAAGUGGGAAGAUAUUAAUGUCAUCGCUAAAAAGACUUUAAAACAUCAAAAUCAAGUAAAUCAAUUAAAUGAAUCCAAAAAGGAUAUCAUAGUAUAUUACAUGUACCCAAGAUUAGAUAUUGAGGUGUCCAAGCAAUUAAUUCAUUUGUUAAAAUCGCCUUUCUGUAUCCACCCUGGAACUGGAAAUGUUUGUGUUCCAUUCAAUCCUUUACAAAACUUAUCUGAUAAUAAAGAUGAUGAUUCUUAUGGGUUUAAUCCAAUGAAUGCACCAAAUUUGAGCUUGUUGCAAACAGAAUUAGAGAUAUGGGAGACUAAAAGAAUUCAAGGCGAUUCAAGCCAGCAAGCUGAUUCGGAAACGGAAUCUGAUGAUAGGAGGAUCCUGGAUUUUGAGAAAACAAGUUUGAAACCUUAUGUAGACUACUUUGCAAAAUUUGUUAAUGGCUUAUUAAAAGACGAAUUAAAAAAUGCUAAUAAUAAGAGAGAAAGAGAGACAGAUCCAUUGGAAUUUUAA